AUGUCAGUCGAGAAACUGAACUGUUCUCGCUUAUUAGCGGCGCUUGAGUUGGUUGUGUUCGUGUUUUGCCGUAUCGUAAGUGUGGUCGGUGUCUGACUUCACUACUUCAUCUGAACCUUCACUUGUUCCUUUACUUUAUUCCCCUAUAAUUAAUUUUGUCUUAUCGUAACUCUACAGAAAAGAGAAUUUAAGCCUUUGGUGUCGGAGUGAGGUCUUAAGCUUUAACCUUGGAGUAUUUAUUAUCUUCUUUCGACUGCUACUGCGUCCCGCUUUUGGGUGUUAUCUUGGUUAACCUACUGCUUACGUCGGUGCUUUAGCUGCCGACAUAUAUCCGUAUGUAUUUGAUAUUUAUGGUCUGGAACACUCAGUAUGCACUUCAGCAUGCUAAAGUGUGUAUUGCAAUACACAACGCUGAAGACAUUGUUUCCUAUGGAUCAUAAAUGUCAUUUAUUGCUAAAAUGCAAGAUCCUCGGCCCCUUCAUGCGACCUGGUCAGAAAUGACAGCACCAGAAGGUUGCCGUUUACCGAGUUUUUCUCUGGUUAUAUACUGUGUCUCAGGACUAGCUCGGUUUAAUCAAUCCGAGUACUCUGUAGUCCUGCUUCCCAAAGUCAUAUCGCAGAAGCACUGUCAGUUAGGGGGCAUAUUUUAUUUUCAUACUCCUGUGUCCUCAAUAGAUAUGAUCAUCGAAGAUAUUUUACUUCAGUUACCAUUAUAAGCCAUCCCAGUCACUGCGCACUCUCGAGUUCUGAUCAUGUCUCUUAUUUUGUCCUUAGGUUAGUCAUUCGCAGCUCACUAGCCUUCCCCUUCUUUCGCAAUGGCUGACUACGUAUAACAAUUCUGGGAUACCAUGGGAAAUAUCCUCCGUUUACUUACCAGUCGUUCGGAGGAAAUCAAAGACGACGUUGACAUCUUUGUGGACUUUGAAAGUGAGUUAAUAAACGACUUCUGCUCUAGCGCACACAUCUUGUUCAAACGAAUAGAAUUAGGUUUUCAACUUUUCGUGCGGAAAAAUAUGUUUCUGUCACAUUCGUAAUGAGAAACUCUCCUGCAGUUGUACGUAAAAGUUAAAAUCGAGCGGCAGUAUUCAUUUAUUUUGGCUAAUUGAUUUGUAUGUCUUUGUUUUCUAUCGGAACAAUAUGUCAUGUCAAAACACACUUAUCGGUCUUUCAGAUUGUCAGCCGUCCGAAGAGGAAUAUGAUCUAUGGCUUGAAAUAAACGAGAAACUCGCACACACUGACGAUGUUCUACGCCUCGUUCAAAAUUAUCCUGGCGCGGCCACAGAGAUUCGCGUUGCUAUUGAGAGGUACUCGGAUGCAAAUGCACAACUUCAGGCCUGGAAAGCCCUUUGCCCACUUGUGCAGCAGUUGCGUUUCUGCUACGAUUUUGGUGUUGAAUUGGGUAUGCCGCGUUAACUUUCUGUUUUUUUGCCUGUUUUAAUGAGAGUCGUCCCUUAUUCCUUAGAAAUAAUUGAGCUCCACAUUAAUUGCCACACAGAUACUUAUUUCCCAUGGCGCGGACGUUUUGGUAUUGGUAGAUCUUCAUCUUAACCAAUGUAACACAUGUAGAAGGUCCACUGUUUUGCUAACUUGUAACUCUUCGGCCCAUUUUGGUAUUGAGUGGUGGCUAUAGAAAAUUCAAUAACUGCAGGGUUAUCUUAACCAGAACGUUAUUUGCAGUUGCUCUCUAGGAGCACUUCAGACAUUUUUAAAGCGCUGUGGUGGUAGCGGUAGUCCCGGUAGUAGUGGUGGCCGUAGCGGCUACAGCAGCCCUAACGGUUGUUAGAAUCAACGCAGUCUUCGUCCGUCCUCACCGAAGAGACCACUGCAGUUGUACACCAGAUUUCUAACAGUAAAGCAGCGCACGCUGACUCACUCAUGAGUUUUACACGUAUAGUGGCCCUGAGCUCGUGGAAAAACUCACCUAGCCAUUCCAGGAGAUUGUAGAUACUCCCAGGACUUUCUGGACUUCACCGUUGUUUGCCCAUACCAAAGCAAGACGAACCGGCAACUCUGUGGCAAGCACGAAGAUCUGUCCCCUUAAAUGUGAAAAAAUCGCAAGCGAGGUAUUUUCCAGCAUCUUACGCAAUCGCCUGAAUCCAGGACUUCCACCAAAAAACCAAUGCAGACAUCGAAGAAACCGAAAGUUCUAUUGUCGCAGCGACGACGUUCACCCCAAGCCCCACUGAGUGGGUCCAGCAGCGACUUUAGCGCAAUUCAGCUUGUAGUAAGGCAGACUUGCUCCUAUAGGAAGACAAUGUCAAGAUGACCGGACGUGGGUGCAGGCGGCGGCUGACAAAGCCAAGCAGCCCGCGUGUCACACACGGUCUGAUCCCCACAGCAAGUACCAGACUUUUACAAGAGCGGUUCGGCCUCAUGCGUGAGAAUAUCAGGGAGGCUACAUUAAGGAACCUUUACAGCCUAACUCGCAGUCCCCCAGUCUUGGAAGGAUCGGCGGAAGCAUCAAUAUUGCCUCCGCUCCCCGUCAACCACAGGAGAACUGCGAAUGAAUUAGGAUCAGACUCAACACCACCUAUGUAGUCAAAUGUAAUGGCUUCUGGAAAAUCACUCUGGACUUCCACUGUCCAGAACGUUUAACAUAGGUAGUACGACAACUCUCCAACGGGAUGAGGAUUCUGGUCGUGGGUAGCGGGGCAGUCAGAAGUCUUCGCAGUGACCGACUUAGUGGAGCAAGUUCAUGUACUUGCCCUUAUCCUGUUGCGCCUCAGGCUUUCCUCCAGGCUGAUAGACUGUGAGGAGUGCUCGAAAAAUUUCAUAGCCCUCCAAACUGGCGGGGAACUACUCGGCAUCCAACCUAUCCAAGAAUUUACUUCAGUCUACGACCAGUGCCCAUGAUCUUCUGUAUGCCAAUGAUUGCGCGGUCAAUACAGCUUUCGAAACGGAUCACGAACCUUAUUUAACCCAACAGCACAAACUUCAGACUGACCAUUAGCAGAUGAUGUUUGUGUAUCGGCCAACAUCUGAUGAGUCCAAUGCACCCAGGAUCAGCGUAAAUGGAUCUUGCACAGCAUCCAUGGCCAUAUUCACCUGCCUUGAAGAUAAAAUCUUAGCAUACCGCACGAUCGAUGGCGAAAUUGCUAUGUGGAUAUCCAAAGCCUCUUGGACCCCUGGCCAACUGCAGGAUUCUAUUUGGGACCGCCGUGGCCUUCGCGUAGACAUGAAGCUGAAUAUGUAGCGAGCCACCGUCUCGACAACACUCCUGUUUGGAGACACAGAAGUGGGCAUUCUACCAAAGUUAGGCAAGGAGGCUAUACUACUUCCACCUCAGUUGUCCCCGCAGAACACUGGAGCUUGCUUGACAACAUAGGGUCACGACACGGUAGUUCUGGAGAGAACCGGCGCUUGCUGAUUGUUUAUUGCCUCGUGCGCACUUACAUUUGGGCGGCAUAGUACUCAUAUUUGAUGACGUCGGGUGUUUUGUUUCAAUAUCGUACCUUUCAGGAAGCUGGUCCCCCUGGGAGAUAUUACGACCUGCUGCAUUUGCAUGUGCAUACUUAAGAAAUACCAUUCAGUUAAAACGGUCUGAUCUUCUAUGUCUGCGCAUAUAUCUUUCCCCUUAAUCGAGUGCCCCUCUGAAUCCGAUUCCAUACAUAAAGGCAACAGUGCCGGACGCGUUCUUUAAGCAUUAUUGCCAAACUAUGAUGAAUCCCAAAACCGAAUUCUUCCGGCUGUGCACGCCGCUCCCGUAAUGGUGUAAUGGCUGUCGAAAUGUAGUGCUUUGAAAACGCUGUUUUUGCUACAUUCAUGUGCUCAUAACCUGCUCUAAUUCCAAGCCAGGGCCCUUUUAUUACGUGUCUUUGUCAUUCUAGCACAGACCAUCCCCCGCCUCCUUAAUGCCCUCUGUUCCGAUGAACUAACUGUUUGGGAACACCUCGAAUCUCAACAAGCCCUGUUCAAACAGUUUGCAGAAAUCCUUGACUUCAUCAUGAAGUUCGACGAUUUAAAGGUGAGUACAAUAACAUUCACCAUUCACUCCUUUUUCGAAUGGGGUGCCUGGGCUUUUUUCAACGCACACCGGAGCCAUUUUUUGCUUCCGGCCAUUCUAUUCACCACACUUUUCUAAAGGCUAUCCGGAGCUUAGUGCAGAAUUUCGCGCUUACUGUUGACAACCGAAAGGAAAGUAUGUUAAGCCCGAGUUGUUGUUGAAGGACAUUCGCCAUAGCUGCCAUUCCUUGGAGAAGGCAUGCAGUUAUGGUGAUCGGAUGUCCUUGCAUAUUUUGUACGAUCAGGUAAACAAUGUAAAACAGGUUUACUUGGAUAAAAAAAACAGACAGUAGAUAAGUCCUAUAAUUCUCAAGAAACCAACAUUGUUGAACGCCCAAGUUGGUCCUUCGCUUAAAAUUUUAAUUCUCAUGUUCGUCACGCACCAUUCGUCCGAGUCAUUCCCUAUGAAGUCUUCACUGAAUUAACUGUAGUGAGUGUAUUUGUGUUCAAACAAUUAGAUUUUGUAUUCUCCUAAGGACACACGGUCAUUACCACGCCUUUGUCUCGUUUAGCUUCGCUUUUCGCGGUUUCACCUCCCUGCGUGAUUUUUCAAUUAAUUACUGGGACCUUUCCCCUUGGAGCAAUUUUUCCACUCGGGGACAUUUCAGCGAAAUACUUCCGUUUCAAGUCAUUUCUGAGACACUCACAUUUCCAUUCUUUCGAUUUCCACUUUGAUGCCAUUGAAAGAAGGGUUUGUAGCAGUUACAAAAACAUGAUAGCGUCAUUCUGCUACUCACACGGUCGGAUCAUUCUACGGUCAUGGCCUCGUUUAUCUGGUGUUCAUUUUAAAAACGACCUUUCUAUAGGCAGGUCGGACUUGCACGACAGCCUGCAAGCGUUUCAAAACUGAUCUCUCGCUUGUCUAAUAUAAGUCCCCUGUCUUAUAAACUCGCCUUAUAAAUAUAUUUCUGUCAUCUCUGUUUAUCAGUGUCAUAUAAACUAUCCAAGAUAGUUGAGGGCCAAGUUGCUCUAUUAGUCACGUGACCAAUAUUUCUGUCCCAAGUUUUCCUAGAUCCUGAAAAUUGUUUUCCCUGGCUUUGUACUUCCGUCUCGAGCCCAGGCUACUCUGACUGGCCCGAGCAUAAGUCUGCCAGAGAGGCGAUACGUCAUUCAAAAAUUCCCGUUUUUAUUCUACCGUCUGUCUCUGAUAGGUCGGGGAGUGCAUUUCUUGUAAACACUUAUUCGGUAUUUUGGUACGACGGUAGUUUCGUCACCGGAAUAGGCGCUCCUGAGGUCAGAAGACAGUAAGGAUAGCUAGGAUAAUUCGUCGGUUCUGUAAUAAUGUGUCAAUAACAUUGACAGGGUACGAAACUGUUGCCUAAAGGGGUCAGAACCAAAAUUUGAACUUAAAUUAGGGGUGAUUUAAUCAGCAGCCCCAAACAAUGGCACCAGCAUUUGAUGGUCCAUGGAAAAAGUGGGUGAAUCAAUAUGGGCGGUCACAGGAACUGGGUCAAAGGAGAUCAGUGUAGAUAAGCCAUUCGAACAUGAGUCUAAUUACUGUCUACUCAGCAUGGGAUUUAAGUCGCAUGAUGAACAGUGUUCGGCAGAAACUGCGGAAGUAGGAGCAGACGGUGAGACCUGCUGGCGAAGCGAGAGGGGGCAGUGUAGAGUAUGUAGCAAGCAACCUGCAUUCAGCAUUAAGAGGGAAGGAAUGUUACAUUUCUUGACAGUGAUUUCGUGUUCUCAUCUGUUUAUUUGGUCCAAAAGCCAGUUCGCACAUUGGAUUCAAGCCGGUUCGCUUGGCAUAGUUCUAACGAACGGGUGUCGCAAAUAAGUAAAGCAUGCUUUUGAGGAGGCGUGUCUCCGUUGAUUAAGAACAUUGAGACCGCAGGAUUUUGAUGCUUUCCUGCCACACCCGGUUAUGUUUACUCUUCCUCAUCUGGUGUCUUCCUAGAAAUAUUUUGCGCGUAAAAAUGAGAUUAAAGCUUAUUAUAGUCCUCUUCUUAGCUGCUGAGUUAGGUUCUUUCUCAGGCACCACAGUACACUUGUGCCAUCGCUUCACAGAAUUUGUGCAAACUCUGAGGAAUUAAGAAUCAGUCGCGGCCUGAAAACACUUAGUGCAUGAUAGACUCGAAUUUCUGGCAUCUUCUUCUGAAGUGAAGUGCUGACAUCCACGCCGAUUAAUGAACGCUAGUCACGACUGAAAUGGCUUUACACCAGGAGAGACUGGCCGCAUAAAUCCAAUAGAAUCAUUAUCCUGGCCAUUGUACUUUCAGAUUGCCUAUUAAGAAAGAUAAAUUAGACUAUACCCAUUUGGGUACUAGGAACCUAUGUUCACAAACUUGGGUUUUCGGAAAUUUUCUACCAAACGAUUACAGGUAACUAACAGAACGGACUGAACACCUGGCUAUCAGUUCGUAGUUAAGUAGGCAUCAUAGGCGGUGAGGUUGUUGGAUCAUUAAUGGGAUCAGCAUUAGCGGGUGGAAGGGGAUGAGGACGAAAAAACACAGCAGGACUGGUGGACUGGGUCGACGUCUAGCGGAAAGAGCGCCCUAGCACAUAAUGUGUGACCACUGUUUUUGGUGCAGCUCUACCACGCUUCAUCAUUCUGUUCGUUUUCCACUGCCCAUUGCCAUUUUAAGCACCAUUCAAACUUCAUAAUUUCUGUGCACAGCCUUCCUCAUCUCCUUUUUAAUAAGGAAUUCAGUUUACUGCAUGCGUUUAUUCGUCUUAACUCAUCAGCAAGUUCGGCAGUAUGAAGUUCCUUCCCUGGAUGGUAGCAGUCCAAUUCCGGGUGAAUUCACUGGUUCACGUUUAGCAUAGCACCACCAAAACCCUCGGAGCCUACGGAUGACUUGGCUUCCGUGGGUUAUGUCUCAUAGUUGCAGUGGUAAUGGUGGCAAAAACCAGGAUGAACUGGGCUGUCUCCCACUCGUACCCACCUUCCUGUCUGACGCACACAAAUACAAGAUCAGACAAGUCCACGUCAGUUGGUCUUUUGACCCCUCACCCGCCUUCCAGUUCUAAUCCCUUGUCUAUGUGUAUGCACAUCUGACUCAUCAGUGUCUGUGUCCACAGCAUUCUCCUCUUUCGCUCAGGCACGUUUACGCGCGUGCGAGCAUCUACUUACGACCACUGCUGCAUCUGGCGACUGCCUACUAUACGAACGCUGCAUGCUGGAUCCCCGAGCAUGCAUCGGCCGCAGUUUUUGCCGGCGCUGUUUUGUGGUGUGGCGUGCGGGUUUUUUUGUGCGUAAACCAACUGAUCACUUUUCUACCACCACUAAACUGCUGUUUGCAUGACUAAGCUCUCCUUUUCGUAUAUAUCUAUGUAAAGUAGUGUGUGGGCCGCGGACAUUCUGUUUUUCUCGAUCACAGGGAAUGAUGCGGUACUAGUGGGGCUAGUGCGUACCACCUGUCGGACGGGGCAUGCGUCGCCAUUUCCAUCUGGAGCUAUUCGCCCGUCCUUCCCUGCCGCCCUUCCUCGCCUUGGCAGUUAACCGAGAGUGGCUGUAAGCCAUAAUUUCCGUACCGCAAAUAACCAAAAGGCACUCUGUGCUUUUGUCCACCUACGGCUGCCACUUGUAGCCAGCCCAUCAAGCUCCCUUGAUUGUGCCUCUUGUUUGGUGCCUGCAACUUCCUUGUGCCGACCUUUCUUGCUCAUAGACAUGAUGCCACUAACGCCUGCCAAUGCGUGUGGUCGCUCAAAAGUCAGCCCUUUUACCGUAAUAGUAGGCAGAAAAGAGAGGGUCUUGCGUACUUGCAUUUUUUACUUGUGCUGUGUGUUGGCCAUGGUGCCAAUUGUCCUGAUAACUGAUCAUUUGACAGUGGUGCUAAUUUACAGUUUUUUUUUGAGGUCAUGUAUCUAUGUGACCUGAAAGAGAAUGCUCAUAUAUCCUUUGUCUAUCUACAAAUAUGUCCAUCUCUCCUAUAUGUCACGUCAUUUUGGAGAAUUUCAUGAUACAGCUUUUGUCUUCGGAGGAAGAUGCCUCCCUAUUUAUGUCCGAAACUAGGUAUCCAACAUGUGGACUCUGUUAGACGUUCUUCUAAUUGUGUACUCCGCGUUUCGAAAUUCAGGCCACCUCGGAAAGCUCUCCAGAUUGAAGCUAAUAUACUAAUUGCACCUGCUUCCUUACCACCGCGCUCUUCUAGACACGAGUUCAAUGCAUUUGAGGGUGGGUGAUCGGACAGUGCCGUUGGAACCCUUAUGAGUGCUAGCUUUCACCGGGACUCAAAAGAGUUGCCCAUCCUGUAAAUGGUUUAAUUUCAACUGGGAAACUAGCCUUUAUGUGCAGACCACCUGGAUUUUAAAUAGACCAGAAGUCUGCGUCGUACUAUAUCCUGUAUUCCUAUCUGUUCUCCAGCAGGGUGAUUUCUUCGACUAACGACCUCUCACAUGGGAUAAGACAUUACUUGUGGUCUGGCCGUCGGCUUCGUAAUCUUCACCUUUUUUCCUCAGAUAAACACCAUCCUUUGUGCAUUCAUACAUGCUCUUUGUCCUUUCAACCAAGCCUCUCACCCCCUCCCGCCAAUGAGGGACCCGUUAUGCACCAUGCGUCCCACGUGCACAUUAAUCAAACGGGCUCCCUUCCGCCCUUCCCUACCCGCGACACCUUCACUUGCUUCAAACUGUGGUGGUGCCUUUGAUCUUUAUUCAACGUCAUCCGUGUUUUUUGCCCCUUUUUCUUCUUUUAGAUGACUAAACCCUCAAUCCAAAACGACUUCAGCUUCUUCCGCCGUCUCCGGAGCCGACGACGUGUCAACCCCCCACUCUACCAGGCAAGGCCGCUGACACGACUUUUCCUUGACCGUUUUUGUUGUGUCUGCACUUUUUGUCGUGCUAUCGAACGUUAUUAA